AUGCAUAUCAGCAGGAUUACACAGUUCCUGGCGGUCCUCGCCACGGCGACCCCGAUUCUAGCCCAGGAGGCUGUCGCUGCCGCCGACUUUGAUGUUGUGGAGCGCCGCUACGUUGGUGGUGGUGUCGCCAUGGCUGGACUCGCCGCUCGGAACGAGAACAACUUCUUUGCCAAGCAAUUGGUAGCCAAGGACGAGGACUCGGGCGACGUCAUCAUUCGCGAUACCUCUGAUGAGGGUGAAUCUGGUAUCGAAGCCCGCGACCCACGGAAGAAGAAGAACAAGAAGAACAAGAAGAAGAAGGGAAAGAAGGGGAAGAAGAAGAACAAGAAGGCCAAGGCCAAGAAUGCCAAGGCCGCUCAAGCUGGCAAGGCUAACGCUGCCGCUGCUGCUGCUGCUCCUGCCGCCGACGCCAACAAGGCGGUCGCUGCUGGUGCCAAGGCAGGAGCUGGAGCUGGAGCUGCUGGUGCUGGAGCUGGAGCUGCUGGUGCUGGUGCUGGAGCUGCCGAUGCCAAGAAGGCUGGUGCUGGAGCUGCCGAUGCCAAGAAGGCCGGUGCUGGAGCUGCCGAUGCCAAGGCGGCUGGCACUGGAGCCGCAGCUACAAAGCGUGAUGUUGAUGAGGUCGAUGCCCAAACUGAAGAGGAUCACGCUCUCGAAACCCGCGAGCCAAAGAGGAGGAAGGGAGGGAAGAGAAAGGGAGGAAAGAAGGCCAACGGCAAAAAGAACAAGCGCGAUUUGGACGAGGUGACCGAAUCCGCCGAGGAGCCUGUUAUCGAAACCCGCGAGCCAAAGAAGAGGAAGGGAGGGAAGAGAAAGGGAGGAAAGAAGGCCAACGGCAAAAAGAACAAGCGCGAUUUGGACGAGGUGACCGAAUCCGCCGAGGAGCCUGUUAUCGAAACCCGCGAGCCAAAGAAGAGGAAGGGAGGAAAGAGAAAGGGAGGAAAGAAGGCCAACGGCAAAAAGAACAAGCGCGAUUUGGACGAGGUGACCGAGCCCGAGGCGGAGCUUGAAACCAGGGACGCUGAGGAUUCCGAAUCCGCCGAGGAGCCUGUUAUCGAAACCCGCGAGCCAAAGAAGAGGAAGGGAGGAAAGAGAAAGGGAGGAAAGAAGGCCAACGGCAAGAAGAACAAGCGCGAUUUGGACGAGGUGACCGAGCCCGAGGCGGAGCUUGAAACCAGGGACGCUGAGGAUUCCGAAUCCGCCGAGGAGCCUGUCAUCGAGACCCGCGAGCCAAAGAAGAGGAAGGGAGGGAAGAGAAAGGGAGGAAAGAAGGCCAACGGCAAAAAGAACAAGCGCGAUUUGGACGAGGUGACCGAAUCCGCCGAGGAGCCUGUUAUCGAAACCCGCGAGCCAAAGAAGAGGAAGGGAGGAAAGAGAAAGGGAGGAAAGAAGGCCAACGGCAAAAAGAACAAGCGCGAUUUGGACGAGGUGACCGAAUCCGCCGAGGAGCCUGUUAUCGAAACCCGCGAGCCAAAGAAGAGGAAGGGAGGGAAGAGAAAGGGAGGAAAGAAGGCCAACGGCAAGAAGAACAAGCGCGAUUUGGACGAGGUGACCGAAUCCGAGGCGGAGCUUGAAACCAGGGACGCUGAGGAUUCCGAAUCCGCCGAGGAGCCUGUCAUCGAGACCCGCGAGCCAAAAAAGAGGAAGGGAGGAAAGAGAAAGGGAGGGAAGAAGGCCAACGGCAAGAAGAACAAGCGCAACUAA